UGCACAAGCUGAUUGCCGGUUAUCAGUUCAUCCAAUUAGAUACGUGGUAUAUUAAGAUACCAAAUUGAACUUAUUUAUUGAUAUAGCAUUUCAACAAUUUCAUCUGUCUUCAAGUAUAUUUCUGUUUGCUACUACCUCAGUAUUUAGUAAAAAAAAAAACAUUCCUAUAAAGAUGUCCACGGCAAGUUUACAACGGGAUGAGAUUUUAUUGCUCUUUGAUGUGGAUGGUACGUUGACAUAUCCUCGUACAAAUAUCCAACCGGAAUUCGAAGCAUUUUUGUAUUCAAAAGUGAAACCGCUCGCAAAUAUAGCCACUGUUGGCGGUUCGGAUUUGGAGAAAAUGUUUGAGCAAUUGAAUGGUAAAAAAAUACUGGGGGAAUUUGAUUUCCUCUUUCCUGAAAAUGGGCUGGUUCAAAUUGAUCAUGGAAAGGAAGCUGGAAAACAAAACAUAAUACAACAUCUGGGUGAGCCAACUUUGAAACGAUUUAUAAAUUUUGUGCUCCGUAAUUUGUCGGAAUUGGAAUUACCAAUAAAGCGUGGAACGUUUAUAGAAUUCAGAAAUGGUAUGUUGAAUGUUUGUCCAAUGGGCAGGCAAUGCACACGUUCGGAAAGAAAUAUGUUUGUUGAAUAUGAAAAGAAGCAUAAUGUGCGCGAGGAAAUGAUUAAGGUACUUCAAGAAGAAUUUGCUGAUGUUGAUCUCCAAUAUAGCAUCGGUGGUCAAAUAAGUUUUGACGUUUUUCCAAAGGGUUGGGAUAAAACAUAUGCCUUACGUUAUAUUGAAGCCAAUUACAAUUUUAAAGAAAUACAUUUCUUUGGUGACAAGACUGAGCCCGGUGGUAACGAUUACGAAAUCUUCAUUGAUCCUCGCGUGAUAUCACACAAAGUAGCUACACCAGAAGAUACCCGUCGUAUACUGACCGAUUUGUUAAAAAUAUCAGAUUCUUAAACUUUUACACAUAUUGCAUAUAUUAUAUUAUUGUUAUGAAGAUUUACUUGGAAAUAAAAAAAUUGCGAGAUACUUUUCUUUUAUAAAU